GUUUCACUAAAUCAUACAAUCACAGUUGACAAAGAUUUGUUCAUGACUAUAAACAUCAAAACAGAGAAGCAACUAAAUGUAAAGGAUUAUGCUUUCAUUGAUAUCAUCUGCUCCGAGCCAAAGAGAUUUAUUUCAUACGUGAAAGGAUCCGUCAGAGUGUCUUGCAUUCAACGCCAACAAUGUGAAAUGCAUCGUCUUAAAACAGAGGAGAGUCUGUGUGUGGAGAAAGCUUGCCCAGAGGACAGCAUUUGUUCAAAGCUUGAGAAUGCUGAAAAAAGAUGCGUGCCUAACGAAAUGCAACUAUAUAUAGUUGUGUUAUCAAUGAAAGAGAAUUCCAGAAAGCUUUGUAAGCUGAAGCGCUGUCUUCAACAAAUCCUCGAUGAUACCAAAUCAGAAUGUUUAUCAACGUGGAGAGCUGAACGUCGUGAAAAACGCGAAGUGCGUACCCGUAUGUACCUAAAUAUCCUAAGCACAACCAAGAUUAAAGAUGAGAAUGUCUUACUUAAAGCAGCCAUUUGGGAAAAGGACGUAAACAACAAACUUAUAUUAGUUUCACCAGACCGUCUUCCAAAGUUCCCGGAUACUGAUGACGUCAAGCUCAUAACACCGAAAGAAUGUGACCUUUUGAAAAACUUUGAUAUAAAAUGUCCUAGCAGCAAUUUGACAAAUAGCUCCAUGGGGAAAAGAUCAAAAAUCUCAUUGCAUUCAAUAAAAAUCAGAGUAAUAGUUGGAUUGGUUUGUUCCAUACUACUUGUUAGUAUUGUGAUUGCUGUCUUCUACUGCCUUUAUAAGCGACGUGUGUUUAAACAACGUAUACAAAAGAAAAAGGUGAAUCAAAAUCAAUCUGCGCACCACUUCUCUAAUGCAGGAUUUGAUGGCUUACCACUGAACCAGUUUCCUGUUAUUGUACAAGAAUCAACCACAGAUGAUAUGACGACGAAGGAUUGCAGUGUUAACAAUCCACUCAACAAUAAUACAGUUGAUGUUGAGAAAAUUAAAAACGAAGGAGAUGACAGCCAUUUGUAUCAAGAAACACAAAACAAUCCUUCAUUCGGAAAAUAUGAAACACCAGAUUUUUCCGAGACCAAAAAUCAAGAAAAGUUUACAACCCCACAGGUUGUUUCUAAUCCAUUUUAUGAAGCAAAUGAUAUCAUACAAGUCCGAAAUACUAAUGAAUAUAUGAAUGCAAGCGAUACAAACUUUCGUUAUUCAAAUAAAAAUGGAACAAGAAAUGAUGGUUAUUAUGAAACCAUUUCAAACCAAAAGAAGAGAUGGCUUAAUUUUUCCAAGUAUAAGAACUCAAAGAAGAAUAAAAACAUUCACAAGAACACAAACCGACAAAAAACAGAGAGCGAUGUUGGUUCAAAAGAUAAUGGAAGGUCUAACGACGCCAGGUAUGAAUCACUACCUUUACCAAAUAAAAGACAAAUUAAUGAAUGGAAAAUGAGGAUACAACAGGGGAUACUGAAUGAUAGCUUUAAACCACAAGAGACAAUUAAAGGAUCAACGCAGACUCUCAGAUCAAAUUUAUUGAACCCACGGGAAAGGUCAAAACAAGAUGAGCAAGCUAACAAAUACCCAUUUUACGAGGAGGUAGCACCACCUGUGAAGAAUCGUAAAGAUUCAAAGAAAUCGCAUAGUGCAAAUGACAGUGAGUCUUCAUCUCCUUAUUACCAUGAACUUGAACAAACAAAAAUUGAAAGUGAUCAAAAGGACAAGACAAUCGAUGAUGGCCCUGAAUACUUUGUGCUGGAAAAGAUUGAUUCUACGAGCAAAGUCAGCAAAUAUUAUCAAUCGCUGCACAGAGAACUAGAAGGGCCACUUCCCGCGUAUGAACCGUACAGACCACCUGAGGCAUCGGACAAGUCGGAAUCAGGCGAUCAGGUAGAGAACAAUAAUGACGUGAAGACAUAGAGUGUGAAACACCGAUAUUUUCUGUUUCUAUCAUUAUCUUUGGCAUUGAAGAAUUGAUUGCUCUAUACUGGGUGUAUAAAAUAACUCCGAUCCUUUAAAAUCACUUGAGAACAGUAUGGUGAAUAUAGAUGAGAGCCACUCAUUGGAGCCUAUCCAUUGAAUUUUUUGGUGACCCGCAUAUUUUAGUACGCAUGUGAUUACCAUAGCGGCAGCCAAUCAAUUGCUUUUUUUUGACCAAUACGAAAAAUUAAAUGGCAAACGGCAGCCAUUAAUCUUAUUAAAUAUACAGCAGCCAGUUGCACACAACUCUAAUUGCGACUCGAUGUAUAGUCCCUGUAUUGCGACUCGAGUUUAGAAUUUCCAUGAUUCUGCAGAAAUUAAUCCCCAAAGAAAUCAUUUUCAUUCUUGAGAUUUGCAAAGUGUGGUAGCCGCAGUUAAGUCAUAUGUUUUGUGAGUAAACUGUGCGAGUUUCAUUGUCAAAAUUUAGCGCAAUAAAUGCUCGUAUUUCUGCAUUCAGUUAAAGAAUUUGUGAGCGAAAUGAUUGUUAAACUACCUUGUAGAAUAUUCACUGCGUUGUUUUAAUUUACUCAACGUAGGAAAGAAGAACGUACUUUUCAAUCCCACGAGUAUAAAAAGUGUCCCUAGCAUUGUACCAUGAUAACUGCCGUGGCUGUUUUGCGAUUUAUAAGAUUGCUGUUUUUUUAUACAUCCUAUAGAAAUAGCUGGUUUUAUGAAGUUGUGUUUGAAUAAGAUGAUACUCCGACUGUUACUUAGCAUUUUUACGUUUAUAAUUCAUAAUUUUUUACAUUUUAGCAUAGUUUUCAAUGUUUUUUAAGCGACGAUAUUCAUACCAUAAACCAACGUAGUUAUCAAUCAAUGUAUUUUUUCUUCAUGCACGUUUUAAAAAUAAACAAUUUAAGUGAGAAAGCUAGAUGAAAUCAAACUUUUCGAUGCUGUAAACUUCCGACCAAAAGCCUAAAAAUAACCUUUCUUCAGCAGUUUUUAAAUGUUUCAUACAAGGAGUUGAUGAUUUACGUAUAUGAGCCUGGUAUCUUAUGGUCAGAGGCUUACAGUAUCUUAUUCAUUGGCUAUAUAUUUAAUUGAUAUUGUCAAGAUAACAAUGUAGUGAUGUCGCUUGUUAUAGUAUCCAUCUUUUUCCGCGCCUAGAAUAAUCACCAUUAAUUUCGUAAUUAAUUUUAUAAAAACGAUAAGAAAAAUAAUUAAAAUUAUUUAUAAUUAUUUAUGUAAGAAGUGAGUUAUACCUUCUACAGUUGUAACGAUCAUUCACUUGCUCUCUGUCAGAAACGCUAAUAUACUGAUUCAAUAUCAAAGGGUUCUGUCAAAAAAUAAGCGCAGUAUUUUUAAACACAUGUAGUUUUUGACGCGUAGCUAUAGAAGAUUAAAUUACAUACAGUGUGAUUCAAUAACAAAGUGCAUAAUAAAACUCAAGUUUAAUAAGAAAUAAAUUUCUUGACUUUGCGACAAA